AAAUUCUUAACAGCAAAUGACUUCAGAAUAUAUCGAGUACCAGAGAACGCCUUCAUUCUGCGGAAAACUACAACUCCCAGAAUGCACCUAGGUAAGGCCUCCAGAAAGGAGCCCGGCGCUGCCGCAAGGGGUUCUGGAAGACGUGGUUUCCACCCGGGGAGAAGUUUCAGCCUUCCAAGGGCGGGAGACUCUUGGAGACCACCUCCUGCGAGGCGGGGCAAGCGCUGGUGCACAACCAAUCGUCGAGCCUGCCCUUGGAUACGCUGGGAAGCGGCGAAUCGGAACGCAGCGGUUUUCGCCUGGACUGGCGCGCGAGAAUUUGAACACAGUAGGGGACCACGGGCUCGGCUGAGGAGAGGUCGCCUGUCUGAGGUGCUACCAGGAGUUAGGAUGUCAACUUUAACACCAACAAAAAGGAAGCAGUGCUCUUUGAACCGGGACAUCCCAUUAUCAGAUAUUCCAUCAAAGAAAUUAAUUUUGGACUUCACUGAAAAUGUAUUUCCAUUACCUAAUAAAAAGCACAUUUGCCAAACCAGUGAUAAAAAUGAAGGAAAGAUUCAUUGCUCUCAACAAGGCCAUUUGAUUUCAAGUCUACUCAAAACGACUGAAAAUAGAUUGCCAUCUGCAAAUCAGGGUUCACCAUUUAAAUCUGCUGUGUCUGCUGUAUCCUUUUACAACAAAGAUAAGUGGUACCUCAAUCCAUUGGAGAGAAAGCUGAUAAAAGAGAGUAGAUCCAUUGGUCUAAAAACUAAUAAUGAAGAUAAAACGUAUUCCUAUAUGACAGAAAAAAUGCAAGGAAAACCAGUCUGCUCCAAGAAGAUGAACAAAAAACCACAGAAGAGUUUAACUGCCAAGUGUCAGGUGGGAUAUAAAUGCAUCAAGCCUGUAUCAAAGAAUUCUAAAAAUCCCAAGCAGUACCGAGUGACCUAUAAGCCAACUGUGGAGAAUAAUUGUUACUUAGCUGAAAAUAAUCUGAAUGCUCCUCGAGUUCUAAGCCAGAAGGUCAAACCACAAGUUACCCUCCAGGGUGGAGCAGCUUUUUUUGUUAGUAGGAAAAAGCCCUCAUUGAGAAAAUCAUCCCUGAAAGAUAAGCCGUUACUGGGACUCACCCAGAAAAAUAAAUCAGAAGUUAUUGAAGAAUCUGAUGGAGAGACUGUCACUGAAAGAAGUUUUGAGACAAGGCAAGCGCCAAAGUGUGUGUUAGUAGAAAAAGAACCGAACAUUGAGCUGCUGAGUGAAAGAAGUAAAAGUGAAGAUAAAUUAAUAAAGGAUGCAUCAGAUGGAGUCAUUUCUUCAAGGGAAUGUAAAACUGAUGAAAAUAAGAGUUGUCCUUCAGAGGAGUCUUUCAGUAAGAACAAGACAGUUUCUCCUGAGUCCAUUGUCUAUCCCAUCUUCACUAUGUCUUCAGUCAACACAAAAAGAUCUCUAGUUGAAGAACAGUCUUCUGUGGGAUCCACCACAUCUACUAACUUCUUAAAACAAAUCAACAUACAGAAGAGUACUAAUACCAGAGAUUCAAACAAAGAAACAAAAGACCAGCUCAUCAUUGAUGCAGGCCAGAAGCAUUUCGGAGCCACCAUGUGUAAGUCCUGUGGCAUGAUCUACGCUGCUUCCAACCCCGAGGACGAACUGCAGCAUGUUCAGCAUCACCACCGAUUUGUGGAGGGAAUCAAAUAUACAGGCUGGAAAAAAGAACGUGUUGUAGCAGAGUUUUGGGAUGGGAAAAUUGUGUUGGUCCUGCCGCGUGACCCGAGUUAUGCUAUCAGAAAGGUUGAAGAUGUCCAGGAACUUGUUGAUAAUGAAUUGGGCUUCCAGCAAGUUGUUCCCAAAUAUCCAAACAAAACCAAAACCUUGCUCUUUAUCUCUGAUGAAAAGAAAGUAGUUGGGUGUUUAAUUGCAGAGCCCAUCAAACAGGCCUUCCGUGUCAUGUCUGAACCAACUGGCCCAGAAACCCCAAGCUCUAAAGAAUGUCAGAGGGCUUGGCAAUGUUCAGAUGUACCGGAACCUGCAGUGUGUGGGAUAAGUAGAAUCUGGGUCUUCAGACUGAAAAGAAGAAAGCGCAUUGCACGACGCCUGGUAGACACGCUCAGGAAUUGCUUCAUGUUUGGCUGUUUUCUCAGCACUAAUGAAAUAGCAUUUUCUGACCCAACACCAGAUGGCAAGUUAUUUGCAACCAAGUACUGCAACACACCUAAUUUCCUUGUAUACAAUUUUAAUAGUUGA